AUGGCAAAAGGUUGUCAUCAUUUACUAAGGGGUAAGAGGAGAGAGACAAAAUACACUCAUGGAUUCUCUUCAUCGGAGAUGGAGUCAUUAACUAGAGUCUGUGAGGCUCUUUUGCCUCCUCUACCAUUGAAUUCUCUGGAAGGCACUGCAAAGGAUGGCCAAUCCAACAAGGCCAUCGAGUACUUCCAAAUGGCUUCUGGUUCCCAAUAUCCAGUUCCUGAUGAGGUUGCUGAAACAGUAGUGAAGAGGGGUUUUUUUGAAGCAGUGAUGUUGGUGAAAGGGCUGUUACGGGUGCUUUCCAGCAGGCUUGGUACACUAUUGCUUUGUGGGUUUCUUUGUUUUGGUGAUAAAUGGCCAUAUAUUUACAAGUUCUCAGAGAUUUCAUUGGAGAAGAGAGAGAAGAUUCUCCAGUACUGGUUCAGAAAUAGGUUUCUAACACCUGUCAGACUCGGAUUCUUAUUCAUUAAAAUCUUGUGCCUCUAUGUCUUCUUCUCACAGGUUGGUGAAAAUUCUGAUAAUCCUGCAUGGGAAGCCAUUGGAUAUAGAGUAGACACAAGUGAAGAUCUGCCCAAGGACCGAAAGCAGAGACCUCUUCAGAAAGGAAUGGUAGAAACCAUGCAUGAAACUGAGUCCAACAUUUUAAAUUCCCUCCUCCAGAAAGGCCUAAAGGUCACCGAAGACCCCAAACAAAACUUUUACAAGAUCGAAUGUGAUGCUGUAAUAGUUGGCUCAGGCUGCGGCGGAGGUGUGGCGGCCGCUGUUCUGGCAAGUUCUGGCCAGAAAGUGGUCGUUCUCGAGAAAGGAAACUACUUUACCAAGACAGAUUAUUCUUCACUAGAAGGACCCUCCAUGGAUCAACUGUAUGAAACAGGAGGGAUUCUUGCCACUUUCGAUGGGAAAAUGAUGAUCAUGGCAGGAUCAACGGUGGGUGGUGGCUCUGCUGUUAACUGGUCAGCAUGCAUUAAAACGCCACUGUCUGUGCUCCGGGAAUGGGCCGAGGAAUACAAGAUCCCACUCUUCGCAGGCCCUGAGUAUCCUUCUGCAAUGGAAACAGUAUGCAAAAGGAUAGGAAUUACAGAGAAUUGUGAAAAGGAGAGCUUCCAGAAUCAAGUUCUUCGUAAAGGGUGUGAAAAACUAGGUCUUCGGGCUGAUUCGGUGCCGAGAAACUCAUCACAGAAUCAUUAUUGUGGUUCUUGCUCUUAUGGCUGUAGAACAGGAGAAAAAAAAGGGACUGACUCAACUUGGCUGGUUGAUGCUGUGGCUUCUGGUGCAGUGAUCAUAACAGGAAGCAAAGCUCAGAGAUUUAUAUUGGAAAAGAACAGGCCUCAAGGUACAAGAGGAAAGAAAUGCUCGGGCGUAAUUGCAAAAUUUCUAGACAAAAACAUCACAAAGAGACUGCAUAUAGAAGCCAAAGUUACAAUCUCAGCAUGUGGAUCUCUCCUUACACCGCCUCUAAUGAUCUCGAGUGGGUUGAAAAAUCCUAACAUUGGCCGGAAUCUUCAUCUUCACCCGGUUUUGAUGGCUUGGGGAUACUUUCCAGAGUCCAAUUCAGAACUCAAGGGGAACACCUAUGAAGGAGGGAUUAUCACAUCGGUUCAUAAAGUGGGGUCGGACAAGUCCAAUCCAACGGCCAUUAUAGAAGUUCCGGCAUUGGGGCCUGGAUCAUUUUCUGCACUAUGUCCUUGGGUGUCUGGACUGGACUUCAAGAAGAGGAUAUUGAAGUAUGCUAGAACUGCUCAUUUGUUUUCAAUGAUAAGGGACAGAGGGAUGGGGGAAGUGAGGAAAGAGGGAAGAAUUAGCUAUAAAUUCACUGCACUAGACAGAGAAAAUAUGAAGACAGGGUUACGACAAGCAUUGAGGAUCUUGAUCGCAGCAGGAGCUGUUGAGGUGGGAACUCAUCAGAGUGAUGGCCAGAGAAUCAUCUGUAAAGGGACUAGUGAGGAGGAAAUGGAGGAGUUUCUGGAUACAGUCACUGCACCCGAAGGGGCAAUGUCAUUGGUAGAGAAAUGGACAACAUAUAGCUCUGCCCAUCAAAUGGGGAGUUGUAGGAUGGGAAUCACUGAAAAGGAUGGUGCAGUAGAUGAGAAUGGGCAGAGUUGGGAAGCAGAAGGGUUAUUUGUAUGUGAUGCUAGUGUUCUGCCAAGUGCGGUUGGCGUCAAUCCUAUGAUCACCAUCCAGUCUACUGCUUAUUGCCUCUCAAAGAAGAUAGUCCAGUCGUUGUAA